AUGUCCGUCCCCCGGCUCGUCCGCAGCCUGCACACGACGGCCCGCGUCGCCGACGCAGCAGCAGCGGUCGCGACGACGUCUGCGGCUGUCGCCCCGCCGCGCUUCACUCCCAAGGGCCGCCCGAUCCCGACCCGCCCGCCGCGCACGACACGGGUCAACCUCCCCUCUGGCCUGCCCGAGCCGCCGAGCUACCCGCCGCCAGCGAGCUACUUCACCGAGCUGACCGAGCUCGAGGCCAAGCUGUCGGCCGAGCAGCGCAGCCCCAAGCCCCACCCCCUGUGGGCGUUCUUCCACGUCCCGCCCGCGGCCAUGCGCAAGAUCGGCGCAAAGACGCAGUUCCCGCCUGAUAUGGGCAGUCUGGAGCGGCUCGACGACGAGGCGGCUGCUAUUGCUUCUGGCCGCUCGUGGACCGCCGCCGAGCUCCGACACAAGUCGUUCGAGGACCUCCACACGCUGUGGUACGUCCUCGUGCGCGAGCGCAACGUUCUCGCCACGCAGCGCGAGGAGCGGAGGCACCAGGGCAUCCCGCCCGGGUACGGAGGCGAGGUGUUGACCAAGCGCGGAUAUCGGUGCCGCAAAACCAUGGCCCGCAUCAAGUACGUCCUCAACGAGCGCCGUCUCGCCCUCAUCGCCGCUGGUGGCCCCGAGCUGGGUCCCGCCGAGCCCCACCACGACGUCCUCGCUGCGUCUGCCGCCAUUGACGGCUCGGCCCCCGUGCCCAGCCUUCAGUCGCUCAUGAGGCCCAAGCGGACCAAGAAGGCCAAGAAGGUCAAGCCUGAGCUCAUCGAGGCUGCCAAGGCCGAGGUCGCUGCCGAGAUCGCGGCUCAGGCUGCCGUCGAGGACGCUGAGGUCGCUGCCGAGGUCGCUGCGGAGGCCGCCGCUGAGGUCGCUGCAGAGAAGGUGGCCGAAGUCGAGGCCGACGCCGCGAAGAAGCAGUAG